AUGCAAUUUGAAUCCUUCAGGGAUUUUCUUUCAGGGAUUACACUUCAUGACCGUGGUGAUGGAUUGGAGGCAGCUGCGAGGCAGCUGAAAGCUAUCUCAGAGAAAUUUAACAUCCCAGUUGAAUUUAAUGGAGUGCCAGUUUUUGCAUCUGAUGUCACACAAGACAUGCUUGAUGUCAGGCCUGGAGAGGCUCUUGCUGUGAAAUUUCCCCUGCAUCUUCAUCACACACCAGAUGAGAGUGUUGAUGAGAACAAUCCGAGGGAUGGGCUGUUGAGAAUGGUAAAGUCACUAUCUCCAAAAGUGACCACUUUGGUGGAGCAAGAGUCAAACACAAACACCCCUUUCUUCAAUAGGUUUGUGGAGACUCUAGAAUACUACUUGGCAAUGUUUGAGUCGAUUGACGUGACCCUGCCGAGGAACAACAAGGAGAGGAUCAACGUGGAGCAGCAUUGUCUGGCAAGAGAUAUGGUGAACAUAAUUUCUUGCGAGGGAAAGGAAACUGUUAGUAUGAAAAUUGUAUUGUCAUUUCCUAGAUAUGUAGGGUGUCAAUAUCUUUUACUAGAAGUUUUGGCUCAACACAUUCAAACCCGGAUUUUCGAAGAAAGACUUGAUCGAUAUGAGGAACCUGAUUUAGGUAAAUCAUGA